AUGGAAGAUGCGGGGGGCAGAUGGUAUUCCUUUGCAUUGACCAAAGCCACGCCCAUCUUGCUCGAGAAGAAAGACUUGGGGGACCAUUUGAAGGAGCUGCCAUGCGCUGACAAUGUUGUCCCCCUGUCAUCCGUUUGGGCGCAAUUGGAAGAUGCUGGAGAGGUCAAAGCAACGAUCUCAUUCUACACCAUCAGCAUGGGCGACCUUGACAACCUCGCCUCGACCAAGCCAUUGGUGUUCCUCUUGGAUGACCUUCCAAGUGAUGAUGCUGAAAAAAAGAAAAAGAAGAAGAAAAAAGAGAAAAAGCUAUCAGUGAACUACAAGAACUUUGGCGCACGUGUGAACGCCAACACUAUGAAGCAAUCGACUGCAAUGACAGUGGGCUGGAGGUGCAGGCCGGUGGGGUUGAAACAAACCUUUACACCUUUAGGUUUGGAGUCAAGAAUGUCCAGAAUCCUUCAGACUACACUUGGCUAA